GUCCAAUCUGGCAACACAGCGCAUAACAUCAGAAACGAAAUGGCUGAAGAGGAGGUCGAGCAAACUUCGGGAAUUCUUCAGGAAAUUUUCACUUCGCCUCUGAACAUUAGUUUGCUUUUUCUCUGUUUAUUUCUGUUGUACAAAAUCGUCCGCGGAGACAAGCCUACAGACUCUGGCCCGGUUGAAGAACCGAUGCCUAAACUAAAGAAAAGAGAUUUCACUUUAGCAGAGCUGCAAGAGUACGAUGGACUGAAAAACCCAAGAAUCCUGAUGGCUGUCAACGGGAAAGUGUUUGAUGUUACAAGAGGAAAGAAGUUCUACGGACCAGAGGGCCCUUAUGGGGUCUUUGCGGGCAGAGAUGCAUCCAGAGGACUGGCCACGUUCUGUUUGGAGAAGGAGGCCUUGAAAGACACUCAUGAUGAUCUUUCAGAUCUCAAUGCUAUGCAGCAGGAGGGCCUGAGCGAGUGGGAGACCCAGUUCACACAGAAAUAUGAUUAUGUUGGGAAGCUUCUUAAGCCUGGAGAAGAACCGACUGAGUACACAGAUGAUGAGGAAGUCAAGGACAAAAAGAAGGAUUAGAACAUGGAGAUCACGACAAACCUAGCUCUCCCAUUCAUGUUAGUUUUGUUGCGGUCACAUUUGCUGAUAGCUCAUUUUGACUGUUUUGUCUGACUCUGAACCACUUCGUAUACAUCACUGUGACCUUAAUUCGCACGUCAUGUGUUCAGAAACAUAAUCUCAUUUCACUGUAUUCAUAAACCUAAUGUAGUAUAUGUUGUAAUUACAGCAACUGUGACUCAUAAUCAUGUAAUUUGAAGAAUUCUUGGGGAAAAAUAUUCUUUGGGAAUAUAUGGCUUGCUAUAAAUAUGGGACACAAUUCUCGCUCUUUUUAUUUUGAUUGCCGACUCCAGAUUUUUAACUAACCGGAGAACAUUUAAACCAAAUACGUAUAUAAACAUCAAAAUACACUAGAAUGCUUUUAAAUGAGUGCCACAGUAAAAGUUGGAGUGGAGAUCUCUUUCAAGGGUGCUUGUCGGACCAGUUUCCCUGAUACAGAUUAAGAUGAGACCCAUACUAAAGAGGGUUUCGAGCAAACUUAUCACAUACUAGUCUUAACAUCUGCUCAGGACAUUUGUAGAUCAGAUACACAUUACAUUCCAUUAUGUUGAGAUUGCUUUUGACUUUUGUUACAUAGAAAAGUAUUUGCAAAACACCUUUUCUGCUCAUAAUGUUCAUUAUUAAAGAAUAUGAUUUAUUACCA